UUUUUUUUUUUUUUUUUUUUUUUUUUCCAUUUUAACUCUCAUUCCUGCAAAGACAUGACAGCAUGCAAAUGCAACAGCUAAUAAAUUGACGAAGCUUUAGGUCACAUUUUACUCGUUACUUCUCAUUUUCAGUUUCACUCUCUUCCAUGGAAUUGUAAGAUUUGAGGCUAAGACCUUCCACGUUCAUCAGCUUGUGAUCUCAGAAUGGGGAAAUCACCAGGAAAAUGGAUCAAAACUGUACUAUUUGGUAAAAAGUCAUCCAAAUCAAAUAUUUCUAAAGGAAGAGAGAAGCUUGUUAAUAAAAAAGAAGUGUUCGCUACCAAUGUGUUGGAAAAUGGUUUGGCCUUAGAUCCAACUCCUAAUGAGAUUGCUACAAAUGAGGACGACCAUGAACUGGAGAAUGAAGAAUCAGAAAAUAUUUUACCUGGAAAUCAAGAAAGAGACAUUAUGGGAUCUGUUGACCCAGAUGCACCACUUGAUCCAGAGAAAAUUAGGCAGGAGGAAGCAGCAACGAAGGCACAAGCUGCUUUCAGGGGUUACUUGGCUCGCAGGGCAUUUAAGGCCUUAAAAGGCAUAAUAAGGUUGCAAGCACUUAUUCGUGGGCACUUGGUUAGGAGACAAGCUGUUGUUACAUUAUCUUGUAUGUAUGGGAUUGUAAAGUUGCAAGCACUUGUCCGUGGAGUAAGGAUCAGGCAGUCUAAUGUAGGAAUUGAAAUCCAUGAGAAGCGCAAUCUAUUUAAGCCUCAGGAUGGCAAACUUGGUGAGCCAAUUGGUAUUUCCACAAAAAUUUCAAAGCUGUCUGCAAAUACUUUCAUCCGUAAGCUUCUUGCUUCAUCAACUACAAUAAUGGCACUGCGCCUGCAAUAUGUUAGUCGAGAUCCAAAUUCAGUCUUAAGCUGGUUGGAGCGCUGGUCAGCAUCUUACUUUUGGAAACCAGUUCCCCAACCCAAGAAAAUUCGAGAGACCAAACCUCAGAGAAAGCAGAGUAAUAUUUCAAAUGGAGAAGCUCAUAUUACCAAAUCAAAACGCACUAACCGGAAGCUUCCUAUUGCAAAUUUUGAACCAGUCCCAGUGCAAACAAAUCCUGAAUUUGAGAAACCAAAACGUAAUUUCAGGAAAAUACCAUACCAGGUGUCUGAUCCAGAGCAAGAAAAUCCACAAAGUGAGCUUGAAAAGGUUAAACGUAGCUUGAGAAAGAUUCAUAACCCUGUUGUUGAGAAUGCUAUUCAGCCAGAAGUUGAAUGUGAGACCCCAAAGCAGCAUUUGGAAAUAGAAACAGUUAUUCCAAGGCAUGUUGUUUCAGAACAAGUGGUCAUUACUUCUGAUGAAAAGAUCAAGAAGGAAUCAACCUUGACCAUCUCCAAUGUGCCUGAUGUUGAAAUUACUCCAAGACCAUCAGCUAACAAGGAAGCUUCUGACAUUACGAAAAGUUAUCUGGUGUCUGUAGAAUCAAAGACCUUGGCAGAGACUACAACUAUAGAUAGAAAUAUGUCUCAUGACGAAGUUAAAAAUGAGCUGGGAAAUCUAUCAGAGACUAUUUUCAAAGAUGAAAACUCCCUAUUAACAAAUGGAGAUUUCAUUCAUAAAGAAGAGCUAACUGGUAAUGAAAGCCAGAAACCUACCCGUAAAGCCUCGAAUUUGGCAAAGCUGGAGAAUGGAGAAGAUGGCUUUAAGAAUAGUCCAAAAGUACCAAGUUAUAUGGCUGCAACUGAAUCUGCCAAGGCUAAGUUGAGGGCUCAAGGAUCCCCAAGGUUUGGACAAGAUGAAAUUGAGAGAAACAGCGCUACUGGAGCUGGGAGACAGUAUCAGCCUUCUUCAACUAACAAGAAGAUUAGUUCGCAUUCACCUAAGACCCAAAAAUCAGUUCAAUCAGGUGGCAGAGGGAGCAACAAAAGUGACAAAACACUACCAUCUUCUAAAGGAGGGAAUGGGAAGAUAAUUCAAGCAGAGUGGAGAAGGUGAACGAGGGAAACACUGGUUUUCAAGGGGUGAACACGAGGAGGCUGAUAAUCAUGUGGGGGUGAAAGGUCGUCCCUGAUGAAAGUGGUUGAAAUGAUAGGACCAUUGUAUGAGCUGGAUUGAUCAGCUUAUUUUUCCUGCAUUCUGGGUGGUGAGUUGUACAAUAUAGGUUUCAAGUUCUGCAUGCUGAAACUUUACAACUCUAUGUUCUGUUUGUCUCUGCCAUGAUUGGUUGUCCAUAUUGUAUUUUUUUUCCUCCGUGUGUAUGAUCAUUAACAGGUACCUUCGUGUUCCUAAACUUAUCUGUUUGGACAAGUAUGGUCUGGUAGCGUUAAUUCGCUCAUACAGAUUUUUUCAAAAAACUUUUUUGGGCAUAAUAAUACGAUCUGCCUUUAUUUA